GGCACACUUUUUGACCUUUGACCUUUGGGCCAAAUAAGGCACACUGUGUCGGUCGUGCUUGGUCUGGCCCCGGGACUCCCCCAGGGUUUGACCUUUGACCUUUGGGUUAAAUAAGGCACACUGUAUCGGGCGCGUUUGGUCUGGCCCCGGGACUCCCCCAGGGUUUGACCUUUGACCCUGUCAUGCCAUAAAUGUCAUCAUGUUCUUUUCCGUGGCGAACGUGCACUUGUGCACGUUCGGUGCAUUCGCACUGGGGAGUAGUAAAAUACGUACUACUCCCUGAUUUGAACAUCGUAGAUGUGCAGUGACAUAUUGCGCAUGCGCGCAUAAGUACGCGGAGCGUGCGACCUUCAGUGGCCCUGCGGAAAAGACGCAGUGCAACACAAGGUGUACUAGUACACGUGUUAUUAUACUAAUGUGAUAGCCGACCUCAUAUACGCUGUACGGGGAGAUUUUUCCUCAGUAUGUUGUAGGCGGUGCUGGAGGUGUCGUGACGAUGGCGGAGCCAAGUGCAAAACGAUCUAGGCAGCCCAGAUUGCCCACCUCGAGUGCCGUGCGUGGUUUUUUGAAAAAGUUUUCUUUGCCAGGUUCCGGAACUGAUCCUCUCGUCUUUUUCAGCAGCCAUCAUGACGAGCUCAGACAGGUUCUGCUCGAGGAGCUUCAGUCUCACCCGUUCAAGGUGGUUUUAGUUUUGAGGGUGGAGAUGACACGAGAGUCGGCCACGGGUAGUACGUCUGCCGUCCCGUUUUUUAGAAGUAGACCGGCUCGGAUCCUCAGCGAAGGGGACAUUGAUAGUGCAGUCAAGACGAUGGUGGCGAGGAUCACUGGUCUUAUUGAUAAGUGGGUGCAGAACGGAUCCGACUGGACCGUUUCUCGAGUGAGACAGCUGGAUGUGUCCACAGCAAAAUACACUCCUCUUCGAGGUGGUGCAGCUGAUAUCCCGCCCAAAUUAGAAAAAAAGAAGGCCAUCAUUAACGUAAAGAACAACGAUGACAGAUGUUUGAUGUGGGCGUUGUUGUCAGCGCUGCACCCCGUCGACUACAACCCACAGCGUGUAUCCAAGUACACCCAGUACGUUGAGGAGCUGCGGUUCGACGGUGUGAUGUUCCCUGCAACUCUCAGUGAUGUACCCAAAGUGGAGUUACAGAAUGGUCUUGCAAUCAAUGUGUUUGGCUACGAGGGGAAUCUGUACCCACUCUAUCUCAGCGAGCGACAGGAGACUCCCAUCAACCUCCUUCUUCAUGACAACCACUUCACAUGGAUAAAAAACUUCAGUCGUGCAUGCGAGAAUAAGAACAGACACGCAACACACUACUGCUUGCGAUGCCUCUCCGCACACAAAACAGCAGACUCCCUGCAGCAUCACAGCGAGAGAUGUCAGGUGAUGAAGCCCGUGCCAGUAGUCAUGCCCACAGCAAAGGACAGCAUCCUCAAAUAUACAAAUUUGAAGCACAGGAUGGUGGCUCCAUAUAUCAUUUACGCUGAUACGGAGGCCAUCAUUGAGCCGAUGGAGGAACAGCAUGGCAGCAGCACUGUACGCACAGCACGUCAUGUACCAUGCAGCAUCAGAUAUGCUGCCAUCCGAUCCAACGGUGAAGUCCGUGGCGAGUUUGACGACUGCAGUGAGAAUGCCAUUCACAACUUUUUCGACAGUCUCAAAGAGUUGGAAGGCAGUAUCCAGGAGGAUUUGGCGGAUAUCAAGCCAAUUCAGAUGACGGCAGAACUGGAGCUUGAGUUUCAGAACGCAGUCAACUGCUGGAUAUGUGAUGAAGUACUUGGAGAAGAUCGUGUUCGUGAUCAUGAUCAUCUCACUGGCAACUACCGUGGUGCUGCACACUACCAGUGUAAUAUUCAGCUGAGUAUCUACCCAGAUCGCCAGAUCAUUCCGGUUGUGUUUCACAACCUGAAAGGGUACGAUGCUCACCACCUCAUCGCCCACAUUGGUAUGACCGAGGUUGAAGAGGUGGAGUACGAGGACUCUAACCAGCGUAAGCGGAUUAAGAAGGUUGGUGAGAUCAGUGUCAUCGCCAACAACAUGGAGAAAUAUAUUUCAUUCAAGUGGCGUCAGUACCGCUUCAUCGACUCCAUGGCCUUCUUGAACUCCUCUCUGGACUCGUUGGUGAGCAACACCCCGGAAGAUGCCUUCAAGCUUACUCGUACAAUGGCCCAUCAUGACCUUCUCCGGCGUAAGGGUGUCUACCCCUACGAGUACAUGGACUCCUUUGCUCGGUUUGAUGAGACACAGCUGCCACCUAAAUCAGCAUUUGAGUCUAGUUUGACUGGAGAAGGUAUCAGUGAUGCCGACUAUGCCCAUGCUCAGAACGUAUGGCAGACAUUUGAGUGCAGUACAAUGGAGGCCUAUCAUGACCUCUAUUUGCAAACAGAUGUCUAUCUUCUAGCAGAUGUCUUUGAGCAUUUCCGCAAGACGGCAUACAAGACGUAUGGGUUGGAUCCAGCUCAUUACCUUACUCUCCCAGGAUAUGCAUGGGAUGCUCUACUACGGUUCACCCAGAUUGAACUGCAGCUGCUCACGGAUGUAGACAUGCAUCUGUUUGUCGAAGCCGGUCUACGUGGGGGCAUCUCAAUGGCGUCGCAGCGGUACGGCAAGGCCAACAACCCAACGAUGGAUCAGUACAAUCCUGCCGAGCCCACAUCAUACCUGCUAUACCUUGAUGCCAACAACCUGUAUGGCUGGGCUAUGUGCCAGAGUAUGCCGACAUCUGAGUUUGCCUGGUGUGACAAGAACCUGUCCGAGAUACUGGCACACCCUGUAGAUUCGAGCACUGGGUUCAUUGUGGAGUGUGAUCUUGAGGUACCCUCUUCGCUGCACCACUACUUCAAUGAUUAUCCACUCGCACCGGAAGUGAUGAGAGCAUUCUCAGAUAAGCUAUCACCAUACCAACAAGCACUUGUGGAGGAGCUCAAAGUGUCAGCCGUAGAUGGAGUCAAGUUGACACCCAGUCUCCUACCCAAGUCCAAGUAUGUGUUACACUACCGUACACUGCAGCUGUAUUCGCGUCUGGGCAUGGUGGUGACCGCUGUUCACAAGGUGUUGGGAUUUCAGCAGAGUGCCUGGAUGGCUCCCUACAUCAAUCUGAACACUGCACUUCGCACGAGGGCUACAACCGACUUUGAGAAGAGCUUUUACAAGCUGAUGAACAACUCAGUCUUUGGCAAGACGAUGGAGAACGUUCGUAAUCGAACACGCAUCGAUCUCUUGCGGGAAGAAAGUGAGGAGCAGGUACUGAGGGCAGUGAGCAAGCCUACAUAUGUGCGGCACGACAUUUUCCCGAACGGGCUUGUCGGAAUAGAAAAGCAGCACACUGAGAUCAAGCUCAACAAGCCGGUCUAUGUGGGUAUGUCGAUACUAGACCUGUCAAAGUUGCACAUGUACUCCUUCUACUACGAUGUGCUGAAGGAGCAGUACGGUAGCAGAAUCCGGCUGUUGUACACCGACACCGACUCUGUUAUUGUGCACAUAACCACCGGUGAUGUUUAUGCAGAGAUGGAUCUGUCUCUGUAUGACACCAGCAACUUUCCCACUGACCAUCCUCAGUACACUUCUGCCAAUAAGAAAGUGGUUGGCAAAUUCAAAGAUGAGCUUGGUGGGAAAUCCAUGGUGGAGUUUGUAGGUCUAAGAUCGAAGAUGUACUCCUACAUCGGGCAGGAAUCGGCCAAACGGGCCAAGGGUGUGCGGAAGGCAGUCCUGGCAAAUACCAUCACCCACAAGGACUAUGUAGAUGCACUGCUCAGUCAUCGUGUGUCUGCCAGGCCUAUGAUGGGUCUCCGAUCACAUUGCCACACAGUGUAUGAGGAGGUAACCACCAAGGUGGCAUUGUCUCCAUUCGACUGCAAGCGGUAUAUACUGGAUGAUGGCAUGGCCACACUUGCAUAUGGUCACAAGGACAUUUAAUGGGCAGAACCCCACAUUGAACAUGUUUCAUCAUUUUCAUGCAAAACUUCCCGCCAUUCUUCUGUCUAAUAUUCCUCCUUUCUUGACAUGUGGAGCUGGCUCCAACACUCCACAUUUGUGUUAAAUAUUUCAGGCUUGUGCCUCAAUUAUAUUGCAGGAUAUAGUGCAUUGUGCGGUAUAAUAAUCUUCAUCGCAUCAUAAAAUAUUACCCUACAUACUUUGGUUUGCAGUGUGUGCGCAGCAUAGUCCAUAUAUCAUCAAAUUGAUCAAGUUCAGUAUCUGCGGGCAUAUAUUUCCCCAGCUUGAGAAAAUGCUUAUAUACUUGCGUAAAUUUAUGCUCACAAUGAUGACAUAAAAAUGAGAUUAAAGUCCAUAUGAUGGCCAGUAUGAAUGUA